AACUACCCACUGCUCAGGUAAUGCAUAAGCCUGAAAAUGACCAGCAGGACCAUGUGUUCCACAAUUUCGAGUUCUUUACUCACCAACGCUGAUUCAGAUACCCAUGUUUGUAGUACCAGCCAGCCAACAUGGCCAACAUGGUGUCCACAGCCCUUCCAAGUUCGUGGUCGACGUAUGGCUCGUGAUUAUGAGGUAUCUUUCCGUCCUGGACAUCGUGAGACUUGGAAGUACAUGUCGAACAUUACACGAAUUUGCUUCAUUACGACAUGUUUGGCGCGACGUCCUCUUUCAGCAUCGUUUUCUUGACCAGUGUUACCCCCAUCUGCGUUCAUGCACCGCGGAAGAUAUUCGUCACCAGCUGAAAACCGCUGCCCGACUGGACCACCUAUGGACACAGCCUAGCAUCGUCCCUAAGCGUCUUUACACGUUUCCGCUGGAUUUCCCUGGUGUGUUUCAAGGUCUCAAAUUUCUUCCGGGUGGGACAUGGCUAGUGUUGCUUUUCCAUUGUCGAAAUCUCAACCCUUCUCGACACUCCAACUUAUGCUUAAUGAAACCAAGCACGGGAGCUGUAUUCCCUGCUGUAUCCACGACCUUUCAGAGCGAGAUGUGCUGGCUCCCCUUCCUUGACCAAGACGGUCCGUAUAAAUCAUCUCGUGGUGACAAUCUCAUACUACUACGAACCAAGUGUAAUGACGGAUCUAAUGCCUUCGGAAUUGUGCAUUUAAAUACAAAGAUACCCUCAAUCACGAUACCUCUCAUUUUUCGCACAAAUGUAUUUGUGCGGAACUAUGCAGCAUCAGGAGACUAUAUCGUUUAUGGCUGGAUUACUGCCGACAGGAGGCAUUUCCUUCGUAUCAUGCAGCUAAACGAUAAUUAUGACGGUUUUCGAAAGGAUAUGACUGUUGAAAUUGACUGUCCAAAGGGACACGACGGCAAACUCCGCAUACGGUACGACUUGCGCCUGUCCGGUCGGGUUCCGUGCAUCUUGCUUGUCAGCACGCGAUUGAUGGCUGCAUACAACAUUCCCUCCAAUGUACCCAACAGCGUCGACGCAAACCUACCACCGUUGCUUACGCCAUUCUGGCAGCUUCGCCCUGCUGCUGUGACCUUUGGACGCUUCGUCAAAUUGUUUCAUGAAGGAGCUAUAGUAUCUUUGUACGAAGGCCAGAUUCGAUUCAUACGACCUCACCUCGAUGCCUCAGAACCCAACACCUACGCCAUCGAGAAGUACAAUUUUCAUCCCGCACGUCCACAGAACUCACAGUGGCCGUGCUUGUUCUCAGCCCAACGAAUAUUCUGGCGUUCUUCCCUGCACAACCAGAAAGGGGCGACAUCUCCUUGGCAAAUGAUUAUCGAGACGAGCGCAGUCCCAGAAAAUGUUCAUCGUGAAGACCGUGUACUUAUUGACUUACAGGAAACUCAGACCUCGGCUCCAUCUGCGAGCACUCGAAUAGUGCAGGAUUGGGAUGAGCUUUCGGGAAGACUUUGUAUCAGAAGCAUACAAAGCCGCUUUACGCAGGAUCCGAGAUGUCGAAAGACUACUUGGCGGGUCACAUUGGUAGAUUUUGUGUGAGAGUUAUACGAACCUAAUGUGCUAUGGUAUCGUGAGACCAAGGUGCGAGGAGGACACAUUGCACAUUAGUUAGCUAGUUUUUUGUAUCCAUUUACGUUCAUUAGAGCAGUGCUCUAUGUUGAACGUUCAACCGUUCUGCUAGAUUUGCAUGCGUAA